CCACCUGUCGCACGGGAACAACAUCACAGAUGAAAUCCGUUUUUUUGAAACCAAACAAAAUCAAUUCAGCUUUUAUGUAAACACACAAAGUAAAUAAAUUGUGGUUAUGUGGUUAUAUUUAGGUGAGGUUAUCAGAUUUUAUUAGCUUUUAACUUGCCAGACAUAUUAUGAUCAUCUUGAGCGAUGUCCUAACGACGCACCUUGAUACCAAGUGGAGGAAGCGCGCUUCUUGUGGCGGAAACAUAAAGACACCAAGAAGCAUCACCAGCGUCUUCCUCCGCAAAAGCUGUGUCUUUUCCAAGGAACCAGGUCAUAGUUUGCUGAGCUGACAGAAGAUGAAGUCAUGAGUCAGUCUUAUGGCCCAACCAAAGUGGACAAACUGGGAAGUCUGCAAGGUGUUAAUCAUCGAAAUGUCAAACAGUCCAGGCUGAAGACAGGUCCUCCACGUGCAGGAGGAUAUUAUUCACACCUAGAAUUCCAGGACAGCAAUUUGUCUCCGGGUCUUGCCUUGCUGCCAGCGAACCCUGCAGGAGAAGCCAAUGCCACUCGAUAUUCCUGGUUACAAAAAAGCGACAUGGAAUUUCUUCCUUUAAGAGCGUGCCCAGACUUUUCCAUGGUAUCGGAGAGGACUGGUGCUCCACCAGCAGAGGGCACUACACUUGAGUCUGAUGAAGCCUCAUUAUCUCAGCAUCCUUUGGCCCAGGAGACCCUGGUCUCUGCGAUUGUGUCCAGCGGAUGCUGUUCGCCAUCGCAGCUCAUUUUAACUUCAGAGGACAAUGCACCAGAAGAGAAGGAAAAAGUAAACGCUGUCGAUGGCAGUCAGUUGGAGACAUUUUCCCCUUCAGAGCACUCAAGCAUUGAUGCCCACAGCGUUAUGCGGGAGUGUCCUCCAGGUGAAGCUGCAGAGGUCAGUCACAUCACCUCAGGGUCUCGCAGCACACAGCCAGACACCGCCAGCGAGUUGUUGUACAGAGAGCUGCUGUCCCAAAGCGAGAGGGGGAGCAGCCAUAUUCCCAGAUCUACCCCGCAAGAACCUGAACCAGUCACAUCGUAUGGUCCAGAGACGUCUGACAGCGGAACAAAUGUGACCAGACCCGAUCAGGAGAGUGCCCCCAUUUCAGCAAACAUCGAGCCAGGCCUGUGGUGCUCAGGCAACCAGAUGGGUAUGGAGGAGUCCUUCCUGGGUUUUGUGCCGCAGUCUCAGUCCACACCAGGGGCUCUAAAGGUCCCGUCGAAGUCUAGCGUCAAGCCCAAAUCGGGGAGACUCUCAGUGAUCCGGUCCAGUGAUGAGACUUGUGGGUCCAUGUCUCCACAGCCAGCUUUCACUGAGUCCCAAGCAGACCAGCGCCAAGACCAGACAACCUCAGCCAGAGUCCAGUCUCUUCCAAGUCUCAACUACAAGCAGAAAGUGGAUGCUUGGAGGGAAAGUCAGAGCUCGUUAUUCGAUACCCUGUCUCUGCAGGGCUUCUCUGGCAUCUCGCCCAAGAAGAAAGCCUACGACGCCGUGUCUGGCAGCCUGAACCGCAUCCUGAGUGAGAGGGCCAAAGGUUUGCCGCCACCUCCCGUUACAGAGAACAGCUCUGUGGACCCUAGCAAGGGGAAGUGGAUGGGCGGAAACAAGGAAAACACCGCAGCACAACCUUCUGCUUCUCCCUGUCUCAGCACGGUGGUCAUGACAGACCAGAAAGAUGAAGAGGCGGCAUGCCAACAUCAGAGCUCACCGCCAGUCAACAUGAGCCACUUCAGCGAUGUAUCACUGGAUUCUGACCUGCUCACAAAUUCCCAGCGGAGCAACAACAGCAGUGAGAUGAAGUUAGGUGCAUCACUUGGAGCUGCUUCUUCUGUUGUCAGCUUAGAAGUAGACAACUACGCCCCCUACUGGUCCUCCAAGCCAACAACACCACCCAAACCUGCUGAGCUGAACAUCGAAGACCGAAUUCCGUUAUAUCUCCACAACCUUGGAAUCAAUCAGUCCCCCUCCACAAUCUUGUCCGCCUUCGUGCCCAGAGGACCUAUCAGGGAGCCCGAAUUUUCUCCCACCGAUCUUAGCACCAUCAAAGAUUCGAUUGGAUGGACGCCGACAAAGAGUGUGCGACCUUCUGAAGCUGGCAGCCCUUCUAAAAGAGAGCACUCACCAUCAUCCUGCGACACCCUCCAACAAGCAUACUGCCCCCACCCAGAUCAAGACGGGGCCACCACACCGCAGGCCAGCCAGAAUCACACCUUGGACUCUCCAUCACCAGCAAGUCGUAGCAUCGAGCAAAGCCAGGAAGAACCUCAGAGGUCUGAGAGCUCAGGUCCCCGAGCUCGCACCUCGCUUUUUGGUGUCAAGUCCCCCUCAGAGAAACCAGGAGAAGGUUCUGUCCUUCAGGAGAGAGUGACCUCAUCCGCAAAGCUCACCAAUUCUCCAUCUGGUGCCAGGAUUACACCGAGCAGGAUUUCUCAACCAAGCCGGCGGGCCGAGCCAGAAGGCUGCAGUGCCGCUCCCCCCGACAGCACCGCCCCUCCACCGCCACUAACUGUCACCCCCUCGCCAACCAUGGAUCCUCAAGAGCCCACCUCACUUGCUGCGGACCCAGAAGAUAUGCCAGAAGGGGAGCAGCCUUCACCAGGCGAUCCCGGGCUGAGGAACUUCUCACCACCCAUCCCAGAGGACCAAGAUCAGACUGUGUUGAGUGACGGGAGCAGCCAGAGCUCGCUGACUGUCAGAGUGGCCAAACUGUUGCAAAAUGACUCCCCAGCAGGCAGCGUCACGGACCAAGACGACCACAAACACAGAAGGAGGUUCUUACUGAAGCUGUCAGGAGGCCAGUUUGAGUCGCUGCAGUUGGACAAAGAAGAUCGUCAGCGCAUUGAAGAAAUUAAAGCCGAGAUGCUGUUAAACCACUUUGUGACGAGCGAGAGCAGCACAGACACAGACAGCACAACGGCGUCCAGCGUUGCAGCCAUGGCCGCACAGCAUCUAUCAGACCUCACAAGGGCAUGGACCCCUGUCCUUCCAGAACCUCAGCGUGUGGACCUGGUGGCCCGUGUACAGGAGAUCGCCACCAGGGAAGGCGUGUGCCUCGCCAGGACAAAUGUCCAGGCCCACACGUCCAUCAACAUCUCAGCCCGCAAGCGCCCCGCCUCUCCUCCACUACCGGAGCCCCUCCUCCUGGCCGAGCUCUCCACAGGAAGCGCAGACCAUCAUGCCAGCAACAAGAAGUCAACGAUUAAUGAAGAAGAAAGUGAAAGCACCGUGUCGGAGCCCAGCAGUCGCCCUCCCAGCAACAUCUCAAACCAGAGAUGGGACGCCGCUCGGUGCCAGAGUGAAGACCCUCCCCCACCCUCAGAGGCGCAAGAUGGUGAGGAGGGGAACUCACGUGGAGAGGGGUCGUCCCUCCAGGACAUCUCUGUGUCCCGUCACGGCACAGAGGACACCACCAUCCCAUUCAGCCUUGAACCUCCCGUCCAACCCGGUUACAUCUCACACGUCCAUCUCACCAUCUCUCCUAAAACCGUUGCACCUAUCCCUCUCAACACAUCCCACCUCUCAGCUGAGCCCACCCAUAACAAGUUCGUCCCCCUGAAACGCUCCUCACCAGUCGUAAGCAGCACCGACGAAGGCGUCGGCUUGUCCAGUCCGCCCGAGUGGAACGAAAACAGAGGACCAAUAGGGUGCGGGCCAGAGGCAUCCGAGACCUCUGUCCCACUCAAACCCCCCUCAGAACCUCCUCAGGCAGCGACGACAUCUGCUAAGCCUCAUCAGUCCUUCACGGCACCGCACAGCAACAUGACCAGCAGGAGCUUCACACCAGAAAUGCCAGUUCGGGAUGGUUGUGCUAGUCAUGCAGCACCACCUGUACUGCGGCCUUACAAGCCUCGUGCUGCCGAGGAGCUCUUCUACAUGCCUCAAGUUGAAGCCGCCAACGUGUCGUCCUCGUCCACCACCAUGGAGAGCUCCCACACGGGGUCUGACGACGCCAUACCCCCGCCAUUCAGCAGCGAGGUUUUGGGCCAUGAGGACCCGGGCCUGGACCGCGGUGUCACCAUCAAACAUGAAGAGGGCAUCUACAGCAAGAGGCAGCACACGUCCACUCUGAGGACACAAGAGGCGCACAGAGGUGGCGCUGUGACAGGAAAUAAAAGAUCAUCUCAGGUGUCUUUGACCCAGCGAGAAACCUCCAAGAUGGACCCGGUCCAGGUGGGACCAGGAGGUACACAAAACAUGGACCUCUAUCCUCAGAGCAGCGGUGGACGUGUGGACCAGUCACGGCCUGUGACCACAGACAGGGAGGCGUGGCUACUGGAGCAGCUUCAGCGCCUGUCUGAUUUCAUUCUCGACACUAGGGGCGCUAACGAGCAGCCUGUGAUGGCUUCUUAUGACACAGAGGCACCAAAAGUGGUCGGAGGAAGAGGACGGCGUCAAGGAGGAAAGGACAGAGAAACUGAGCGAAGCAUCGUCAACACUUCAAAAAGUCCUCCUCCUCCUCGCCAGGUGUGGACAUUUCACCCAGAGGAGCUUGGUCACGCCCCCUUCACCUCUGCAUCGUACCCCCAGAGUCGUCGCCUCUGUCCAGCAGAUAGAGACGAGUCCACCACCUCCACAUCGGUGUCCACGUCCACUGUGGACACGGCCCGGCUCAUCAGAGUCUUCGGCGUCCACAGAGUCCAACCCGUCAAAAGGGGCUCAGGCCUCCAAAAACUCUACGGCAGCAUCAGCAAGCAGAGGGACGAGUGGGAGGGGUGUAGCUUUUACUCUCAGACCGAGACCACCGUCACCCAAGAAUCCAACGUCACGGCCGAGUCAUCGUCCACCAGCUCGUACGUCAGAACCUCCAAGAUGGCCGCCAAUAUGGUCAGCAGAGGAGUCCAAGCAGGUGAUUUGGAGAUCGUUUGCAACGCCACGCGCCUGCACACCAGAGACGUGGGAACCAUGUUCCCUUCACCGGGGCGACCUCAGAGGAGUCCGUUGUCUGCACAUAAGCAAAAGAAGAGUCGCGUGCUGCCUAAACCCAAAUCCGUGUCCUGGUUCAUCCCUGUGGACGACCUCAGCGCCGAGGCCAGGAAGGAGAACCGUCCCGAGGAGGCGGUCCCUGGACCGAGCACGGUGUGGUACGACGCUUACAGGAGAAGCGAGCUGUGGAGGGAACCUCUGCGCCCUAGACAGGAACACCAACAGCCCGCCUUUACACCGCCUGGAUUGAAAACCACUACAGUCUCCUCCCUGCAGGAGGCUCUGGCCACGCGUCGGCCCGAUUUCAUCUGCCGCUCCAGACAGCGCCUGCACAUCCUGAUGCUGCAUGCAGAGGAGAGGAAGGUGACUGGACAACCUGGAGGUGCCACUGUACUCAUGAGGGCCGUUCCCUGGAAGGAGAUGAUGCAGCGCACCAGAAGAAUGUACGACAGUCUUCCCGAGGUGCAAAGGAAGCGUGCAGCAGAGAGACGGAAAGCGCAGUCCCAAACAAACAGACUGAAUGUGCAGCUCUACAACAAGUUUUGUUUUUCCAGGGAAUCACCAAGCGUCUCCUGGAGAACCGCCGAGCUGCCUUACAUGCAAAUUAUUGGUAAUUUAACGACAGAUUCGAUUUUUUUUUUUUUUAAGCAACUUGGUUUUUAAAACUUUUUUUACUGAGCCGAGCUGAAUGUUUGAAUUGAUCAAAUUAAUGUUUUAUACAAUAAAACAAGGUGGACAAUUCAGCGUUUGACACACUUUAUUGAUCAGAUGCGCAAUGCCCGUUAAUUUAAAAUGAAAGGCCUGUACUACGAGGCAAGUUUUCACGUAUCCACCAUCUUUUCUUUGUUUUCCAGCUUAACAUUGAAGAUGUGGGAUAUGCGGUACUAUGAAGCUGGAUAAAUUUCAUCAUUAGUCAAGUCAGGAUUUUCUAGCCUUGUCAUGAGUGCGUUCAGAAACAACUUAUUGGUCAGUGGGCGGGGCUUUAAAAGGCUGUGAUCUCAUAUUGGUCAAUACGAGGGGUUUGUAUCAGCUCUGAUUACUACCUGCGACAAAGCAGGUGAAUACCGUGGUCUCCUAUCCUGCUAAGAAGUUAACCUGCUUCGUAGUACUGCGUAACCGGAGUUAAUCCUCAAAUGUAUCCUGGAUAAGGAGACAUCCGGCUUCGCACAGGCCUCAAUCAAGAACAAAUGAAACCAGUACUUAAAAGGCAGCUUCGUAUCUAAAAGUCACGUAAAAGUGCAAAAUAAAUAAAUCCACGUCAAUGUAAUAGUUGGCGUCAAACUAAAGAAGGUUAAAGGUGACUUUGCAGAGUCGUUUUGUCGCUCUGAUGUGCAAAAGUAGCUU